AUGGGAUCUUUUACCAGAUAUUUUAAAGCCGGUGCUUCCAUGCAAUUAUACUUAUUUGAUCCAAAACUUGUUAUUCUAUCGCCAUACCAAACGCAAGAGAAUUUUGAAGUUGAAAAUUUUGAGCUAGAUGCAUUUAUAGAUGUAUGCAAUGAAGAAGAAGUCAAGACAAAGCAAGGAAAAAAUCGUAUGACUAAGCGUCCGCAGUCUUCUCGAGCGCGUGAUAUUGACUAUCACGCAAACAUUCAUGUUCGAUUGGAACGUCGGAACCUUAUACAUACCCAUCCAUUAGAAAUUAACUUUACCCAUAACCAUGUAAUCAAUUCAGCUGAGUCGCUAAGUUUUCGCCGUGUCAAAGAUGAAGUCAAAGAAAAACUUGUUGAGUUAUUUAAGGAUGGGCAUUCGCCUACCUCCGCGUUGUUUACUUAUGAAGAUGAACUCUCUUAUAAUGGAGAAGAUGAAGAAAUUCUUUACGCAUCAUCAAGUUUGGAGAUGGAUACGCAUUACCGUGAAUUUGCACAAACAUUUUAUUAUUUUUAUCCAUUACUUCGGAACCACUUUGAAAUCUUGUGGGAGCGUCGUCAAUUUUGGGCCCAUUCUUUUCGUGUAGGACUGCCUAUACGCGGAAAUCAUACUAACAAUUAUAUCGAAAGAAGUUUCGGUAUUUUGAAAGAUAUCAUCUUCGCGAGGACGCAAGCAUAUAAUUUAGUGCAAGUAUUUCACUUUAUAGUAACAAGCAUGGAGAUAUUCUAUGAGCGGAGCUACUUGGAAUUGCACAUAAACAUCCUGGACACUUACGCAUUGCAAAACGAUUUUUAUGCCCAG